CUCGCGCCACCCCCCCCCCGUGUCCCUGUCACCCCGGGGCCACCGUCACCCUGGGGCCACCGUCACCCCGGGGGCUUCUGCCGUGGCCCCACGUUGUCCCCCCCCCGCGGUGUCCCCGUGUCACAGCCCCGUGACGUCCCUCUGUGUCACGUCCGUGCCAUGGCCCGGGGCCGUGUCCCCAGGGCGUGUCCCCAUGGUGUCCCUCCGCCGCCGUGUCCCCAAGCCAUCUCUGUGCCACCGCUCCGUGUCCCUGUGUCACAUCCCGCUGCCAUCUCUGUGCUGUGUCCCCGUGUCACAUCCCAGUGUCACAUCCCGGUGCCAUCUCCGUGCUCCGUCCUGGUGUCACAUCCCCAUGUCACAUCCCCGUGCCAUCUCUGCGCUCCAUCCCGGUGUCACAUCCCCAUGUCACAUCCCGGUGCCACCUCCAUGCUGUCCCCGUGUCACAUCCCAGUGCCAUCUCUGUGCUCUGUCCCGGUGUCACAUCCCGGUGCCAUCUCCGUGCUCCAUCCCACCGUGCCACCUCUCUGCCGUGUCCCCACGUCGUCCCUCCGGGUCACGUCCCCACGCUGGGUCUCCACCUUGUCCCCUGUCCCACUGUCCCCUGCGCCGUGGUGUCCCCGUGCCGCGUCAUCGUGCCACCUCCGUGCCACGUGCCCAUUGUCACAUCUCCAUGUCACCUCCACGCCUCCGUGCCACGUCCCCCAUGUCCCCAGGCAUUGUCCUCCAGCCGGUCACAUCCGCGUGCCACAUCCCCGUGUCACCUCCGUGUCCCCAUGCCACGUCCCCAAGCCCCACCCCCGCCUUGCCUGCCGUGUCCCCGUGCCACAUCCCGCUGUGUCCCUGUCACCUUCCCAGCGUGCCACGUCCCCGUGUCACCUCCCAGCAUGCCAUGUCCCCACACCGUGUCCCCCGGGCACUGUCCCAGCGUGUCACAUCCUUGUGUCAUGUCCCGGUGUCGUCCCUCGCCAGCUGGGUCCUGUCCCCAUCCCUGUCCUCACUUGGGGACCCCGCCCCGGGGUUGGGGACAGGGACACCAGGGAGGGGACAGCCCCCAAGCGUGGAGGCUGAGGAGCUGCUGGCGCUGGGGAAACUGAGCAGCCACCCACGGGGGGGACGGGGACACAUGGAGGGGACACGGGUGUCACUGUGGUCACCGUGCCCCAG